GUCAUGCGCGAAUGUGAUAUCAGAGGCCGAUAGAAGGAGUAGAUUUAGUGAAAGAGAUGGAGCGUCGACGUCGCGACGCCCGCGCAGGAGUACCUGAAAGCGUUGCGAGAGCUCCAGGUCGCGGUGCGGCGGGUUCGGGACAAGAAGUAUAAAUAUACCGUAACUGCGCGGUGAAAGUGAAUCGAUAGCUGGAUACGUUUUCUGGACAGGUAUAUAACGUGCCCGUACGUCUGCGUAUGAAAUAAACGUUAUACACAUCGCGUAUAAGCAAAAGUAAAACCUGCACAGGGAACUAUAAACUCUCUAUAAUUUUUUGUUCAUUUAUUUAGUUUAUUUUUUCAUUUAUCUUCUUUCAUUCCGUUACCAAUCAUACUCGGUGCGCUUGUGGUUUCCAGGUAUAAAUGUAUAUUAUAUUGUGUGGUCUGCUGAAAUGAAAUUUGUGCGACAUGCAGCUGGCUGCAGUUGAAUCGAGUACUGACUUCAAUGUGUAACGUUAUGUAGACAGUGUUUUAUGUAGACGUGAAAGUUCGAAUGGUUUUUUUAAUUCUUUGAUUUUCCAACCUUUUGACUGCUGAGAAUUAUACACGGUGAAACAUAUCUUUUUAUAUGAAUUACAUUGAAUCGAGAUAAAAGAAUUGGAAAUUGAAAAUUACAUUUGCCAAAUGAAAGGUGGAAAGAAACUAUACGUGCCUUUCGAGCCAAGCUGCUGCGAUAUCCGGAGUACGGAAGGAUUUAGAAGUCACGCGGUAUUUCUCACCGGAAUAUCUAGAACUGGAAAAAUAAUCGUGGCGAAAUCGAAUGAUGGAUGACGAUUUGAAGGGAUUAUUUUAAUUAAUCAAACACGAUAAAUAUAUACGUGCAGAAGGAUUUCAAAAACAUGUACCGGUGUUUUUUCAAUAAGGGAAAACUUCCCAGCUUUCAAUUUUUACGGUGGACGAUAUUCAUACCGAUAGUUAUAUACUUCUCGUUUGUCUUUGUCAAUUACAGUAAAAGAUUGCCAUUAAAAAGUCUUCCAUUGGAGGAGACGUUGAGAAAUAUUGAUAAUUCCGUAGAUGAUAAAAUUAUCAAGACGCUGUCCCCGGCGGCCGGUAUUUCGGUUAAAAGAAAUCCUAAGAAAAGCUACCGGAAUAUUGGCGUUCCGGACCAAAGAGACGAGAAGUUGAUAGAGGAGGUUGAAAAACUCGAGGAUAAUCAGGAGCCGAAGGAUCUACUUUCGGAAAUAUUUCGAAGAGCUGAUACCGACGGCAAUAAUCUGCUGGAUAUCAGAGAAUUAGCGAAAUGGAUCCAUGUUAAAAUCAAAGAACAUGUUGACCGAGCUAUGACGGAUAACAUUGGACUUUUUACCGCGAUAGACAAUAAUCCGAGAAACGGGGAGAUAUCCUGGAACGAAUACCACGCGCAUUUUUUGAAGAGCCACGGUUUUUCUGAAGAAUAUAUCAACUCUCACAACAAACGACAUCCGGAAUUAUCGAGGGUCCUGAAGGAGAGCAUCAUGCGUGACAGAGCCCGUUGGGCGGAAGCUGCAAGGAAUGAUCCCGAAAGACUCGCAUUGGAUGAAUUUUUGGCUUUCACACAUCCCGAAAGCAGUCACAGAGCACUUCUUCAGAUGGUGGAAGACCUGUUUGAAAAAUUCGACCGAGACGGUGACGAGCAAUUGACCGAAGAUGAAUUCGCUGGUUUACCAACCGACGGCAUUGGCCUCGACCUUGGAGAUGAUCAAGAAAAACCGGUACCGGGAAGCGAAGAUCGCCGAAAAGAGUUCAAGCACCUGAUAGACAAAAAUAAAGACGGAAAGGCCGACCGCGCGGAGCUGCUGAUGUACAUCGACCCCAGGAAUCCUCGUCACGCUAUACAGGAGGCUCAGCAUCUGAUCGCACUUUCGGAUGCGAACGGUGACGGCGACUUAAGUCUGCCAGAAAUAUUAAAUAAAAUGGAUUUGUUCCUCGAUAGUAAAAUGGUCGAUACAGAGAAGAGUUUUCACGAUGAAUUUUGAAAAUUCUUAUAGCUCAAUUGUGGCUUCGCAAUUAUUCGAUUUCGGAGCACAGAAAGCGGUCAAAGUAUAUUCCUUUGUAGAAUAAAAAAAUACAACUCGCCAUCGAUUUUUCUGACAUUGAUUGGAUCUUGAAAUAAAAGUCAUCGUCCAGCAUCUCUAUUAUUUCUACCAGAUGAAUAAUCGAAAUCGAUCAUCUACUUGAAUGGAUCAUCCAAAAUAGACCCACGUAGAAAUUUACAUAAGUAACUAUACGUAUUAUAAUGGUACGUAUACCUGCCCCGUAGAUAGAUAGGGAAUAGAUAGAGGGAAGUAUUUUAAAAUGAAGUAACAAUAGGUAUCAGUAUGAUAACGAAAGUAGAUGAUAACGACGAAGAAACAAUACAUUGAAUAAGUAUCGAUUAGCAUAACAUACGAAAUAUAGACGAAACAUUUCUGCAUUAAUUAUUCAUGUGGAGGUUUUCGAUGCGGAACAAAUACCGAUCCUAAUAGUAACUGAAAUAAAUGACGUUAAAUAUCGAUAGUUCGUUGAUUAGACCAAAAUUAGAGGAUGAUUAUUCAUAGAAAGAGGAGAAGAUAGCUCGUUUAUAAAUGGGAAAGUGAAAGAAUCGUCAUUAUGUAUAGAAACUCUUAGAACAGAUCUGUGAUAGAGAAACUAAUUUAAGUAGAAAUAACUGUAACAAUAAUAUGAUGAUAAUAAUAUCAUACGGUUCGAUCCAGUGAAACGCUUAAUAUUAUACAUAUAUAUAUACAAUAUAACACUCAAACAUAAUAUUGUGAUUAUCGCACAUAAUUAAAUAAUUAAACGUGUUCAUACAUUUCAUCAUCAUUACGGCGAUUUUACGUAUAUUUUGUGGAUGAACAUACUGCUGUGCACCAUUUCCAUCGGAGAAUUUUUUUCCCAACAAUAAUACCCAUCAUUUUGGUUAUCUCGUUUCUCAAGGCAAACGAUAUCAGUAUCUGGCAUGUUCGUGUAAUGACAGAAGAUUCAACGAGUGAAAUCGUCAAUAAAGAUAAAUUGAUCAGUCAGACAAAUAUCAUUAUUUGCACUGGAGGUUUUUUUUUUUUUACUUUACACUCAAUCAAUUACAUCCGGUACAGUUGGAAAAAUCAAUCUUAUCUCAAUGCUAAGGUUAUGA